AUGGUAUCCAAGAUCUCUUUUGUUGACGUGAAAAUUCCCUCCUCAUUCAGGUAUCAACUCCGCACUGCUGUCACAUUAGACCGCGAAGCCGCCGACAGUUAUCGUGUGGGUGUUACCUGUUCCGAUAAGGGAACGCCAUCACAGAAUACGACUGGCUUCGUUGUUGUACGCGUGCUCGAUGUGAAUGACUUUGCACCCAGCUUCAGCAAAGUGCACUAUAUAUUCUCUCUCCCCGAAGACCAACCGCUUAAUUCAACCACCUUCAAUUUAACAGCCACGGACAAAGAUGAAGACAAAAAUGCUGCUCUUGAGUACAAGCUGGUGGGAGCCCAUGCCGACUUUUUCAACAUUAACCCAGACUCAGGAACGGUGCAGUUGCAGCGUGCUCUCGAUCGUGAAAAUCAGCCCCAACUCAGCUUGUCAGUUAUUGCAUCGGACAAGGGGACACCUGCUCAAACUGGCACGGCGGACAUCACCGUGGUUGUCACUGAUGUGAAUGAUAAUCCACCUACAGUUACCUCGAAAGUGACGUUCAGCGUUUUCGAAAACCACUCAGCAGGUGAGUUCCAAAAACAAGAAAUAAGGGUUUAUUGCAUACUUAACUGGCAAAUUCUGUCAGUUAAGCCAAAGUUGCUGCAAUUUUCAUUGCCCUGUAAUUUUUUCUGCACGAGUAUCAUAAACGAUGAAGUCAAACUCUAA